AUGGCUUGGCUAUACGUGACCUUAAUCUUAGCAGCCGUCGCCUGUUACGUCAGCCGAUUGUAUUCUCUGCCCCCCGUUGAUGACGACGUCGCCGUGGAGGCCAUCUUCGGGAAAGGCGACAGCGGCGACACCUCGCGACGGCCACCCGUGUUCGCGCGCGGCGGCGCUGGACGCCACGCGCCGGAAAACACCUUGGCCGCCAUACAAGUGGCGGCCGAGAGAAUAGCGGAGGGUAUCGUGGUGGACCUGUCCUUCACGCGCGACGACGCAGGUGUCCUCUUCCAUGGCGAAAUCCUCGAGCGCACGACCAACGGCGAGGGCUUACUGGCGGACACGUCUUUCGAAGACCUGCGGCGACUGGACGCCGGCAGCAAGCACCCGCUGUCCAAGAACUGCCUCUGCGUUCGCGUUCCCACUCUCGAAGAAGGCGUCAACCAGUGCCUUCGUCUCGGACUGCGGUUCAUCGUGCGCGUGAAGCGGUACGAUUACCGCGCCGUGGCGCUGCUCGACGCGUUGUUCCGCCAGCGACCCAAACUGUACCGUAGAGGGCUCGUCUCGUCCUCCGACCCGUGGUUCAUUUACGCCCUCCGGUACCGCAAUCCAGACAUCGUGACGGCGCUGAUCUGGCGCCCCAGGUUGCUGGCAUACGAGGACGCGGAGGAGCGGCGUCCGCGUUUCGACACCCGCAAGGAGCAUCUUAUAGCGAAAGUCGGCGACUGGUUCCUCGAGCAGGCGCUUAACACCGGCCUGCUCCAUUACGUGACAGGUGCCUCGGCAUUACUGGCGGACCCAAACACGCUGAAUGCCGAAAGCGUGCGCACGUGGCGUGAUCGGGGUGUGCACGUCAUAGCGUGGACGCCGAACGACCGAGUAGAGAAGAAAUAUUUUCUGCAGGUUCUCCACGUACCCAUCAUAACGGACACACUGAGCCUAAAGGUCCGGCCAGGCGGAACACGGCGUACGCACCUCGCUGUGUGUCCGCAUCAGUGCUCUGGAGAAAGAUCUGAAGAAAGAUCUUCGGCGCUCUGGAGAAAGAUCAUCCGAAAGCCGAAUCACUGCGGAAAAUAA